AUGCCAGUUGUUCAGAUCAACAACUUAACUAAUAAUGGUAUUAUUACAGUUAAUGGAAGUUAUUAUGUUCAAGAUAAAAGUAUAGAAAAAGAAGGGAAAAAAGAAAGAAAAAAAGAAGAAGAAUCAGAAGAAGAACUUGGAGAUAAAGCAUUAAUGGAAAUUUUGAAACAAACAGUUAUUGGAAAAGAAGAAUAUGAAGAUAAUAUUGUAACAGAAGUAGAUUCAUUAAACAAAAGAAUUGAUGAAUUUAAUAAUAAUAUUGCAGUUUAUGAUGAUUUAAUUAGAGAAGAAGAAUUAAGACGUACAUGUGGAACUGGUAUUGAUGAAGGAUGGAUUAGUACAUUACAAGAAUGGAUAGGAAGUAAAACAUGUAAAUUAAUUUAUGAUUCAAAUGAAGGGUUUACAGGAGAUAUAUUAUGGGCAAUAUUAAGAAUAGUAAAUUCAGUUGCAUUUAUUAUUGAAACAACUGAAGGAGAUGUAUUUGGAUCAUAUCAUAGUGUUAUUCCAACAAAACAACAUUAUCCUGUAAUAACAGAUAAUGCACAUUUUUUAUUUAGUUUUAGAAAUAAAAUAAAUACAGGACAUAUUAAAUUUAAUGUUCUUUCUACAAAUAAUAAAUUACUUGACAUUUAUAAAGGUUCUAAGUCAUGGGUUUUUGGAAUAGAAAAAGGAUUUUGGAUUCAUUCUAAACAAAAUAAAUCAUAUAUUCCAUCUACAUGUGCAAAUGGUGAACUUACACAAGGAUAUGAAGAUCCAACAGGAUUAGGUGGAAUUAUAUUUACUGGAGGUGUUUAUCCAGCAAGAUUUACAACAAAAAGAGUGAUUGGACUUGAUUUUUUAAUAGAAGAAAAACAAUAA